CUCUGCCUCCUCUAAAACCCCUCUGUCUGUGUCUCAUCUCCCCUCAGCCCUCUGUCCACGCGGGACGUCCCAAAAUGAGACCCUCACUGCUGCUCCUGCUGCUGAGUCUAGCCUGCCUCGCCAACACUCAACACCAGGCUCUCAUAGACUACUUAGAGAGACGGCUGCUGGCCAUAGAGGACCGCAUCUCACUGUGGCAGGAGCAGACGGCGCGUUAUGCCUCAGACCUGCGAGAGCUGAAGGUGCAGAUGGUGUCUCAGUUGGAGGCCUUGGACAAAGAGAAGGAGGGGCUGAGGAUCCACCUGGACUCUGUGGGGACCAGGGUGGACCGCGUGGAGCGAGAGCUGGACUAUCUGGAGACUCAGACCGGAGCACAGCCCUGUGUCGACGUCGACGACAAACUCAUCGAGCAACAAGUGUCUCUAGUGCAGGAGAAACACAAGAACAAGUACUACCAGCUCUCAGACUGCACUGACAUGAUCUCCAGCAUCAAAGCCAUGAAGAUCCUGAAGCGUGUGGGCGGGCCUAAGGGAGUCUGGACCAAAGACACAGGCCUAAACUCGGGUAAAAUUUAUAUAUUCAACAGCACUGAUCAAGACACUGUUUACGAGUUCAGUUCUGUGCAAGACUUCACCCGCUCCACUGGUUUAACCCUGUCCAAAAAACUAAAACUCCCCAUGGCUUUCAAAGGAACUGGCCAGGUCGUUUACAAGAAUUUCGCCUACUAUGUGAGCGAAACGGAAGAUAAAAUUGUUAAGUUUGACUUGACUAGCGCUCUGAUGACGGACAGCGCAAUUUUACCAUUUCAAGACUUCAUUCCCGUGUACACCUUAAAUUCUGAAACGCUCAUCGACUUGGCAGUGGACGAAGAGGGGCUUUGGGCGAUCUAUGCCACGAGACAAGCUGAUCAGUAUAUUUCUUUAGCUAAAAUGGAUGUGAAAUCGUUGGAUAUAGAGCAGAUGUGGGACACGAACUGCCCGAGGGAGAAUGCGGAGGCCGGGUUUGUGAUCUGUGGGACUCUUUAUGUGGUUUAUAACACGCAGACGCCAGGACGAUCCAGAGUGCAGUGCGUUUUCGAUGUGAACGGACUCGUGAGCAGUGAUGAAGCGCCGCUUGUUUAUUUCCCCAAACGCUACGGAGCACACGCCAGUCUUAAGUACAACCCACAGGAGGCGCUGCUGUACGCGUGGGAUGAUGGGUACCAGAUCCUCUACAAACUGGAGCUAAAGAAAAAACUAGAGAUUUAAAACUGUUACACAUUAAAGCCAAGGAAACAUGCUGCAAAAUUCUAUGUGGAAAUGCAGUUGGAAACCACAUAACAGUUUUGCAUUCAUGUAUAUUUAAAUAAAUGAAUGAUU